CUUGCAACGAGCCGCAUCAUGGACGCAUCUUGUCUGCUGUUAGUCGCCGCCAUCUUGGUUGGGGCUAAUGCAUUCUACCUCCCCAUUUUUGAGUAUUAUCCUAUUGUAAGUAUCAUGUUUCAAUUGUACGUAUAAGUUUUCUAUUUUAAGUAUCACGUUUCUAUUGUAAGUAUCAUGCUUCUAUUGUAAGUAUCAUGCUUCUAAUGUAAGUAUCAUGCUUCUAUUGUAAGUAUCAUGCUUCUAAUGUAAGUAUCAUGCUUCUAUUGUAAGUAUCAUGCUUCUAAUGUAAGUAUCACGCUUCUAUUGUAAGUAUCAUGUUUCUUUUGUAAGUAUCAUGCUUCUAUUGUAAGUAUCAUGCUUCUAAUGUAAGUAUCAUGCUUCUAUUGUAAGUAUCAUGCUUCAAUUGUAAGUAUCACGCUUCUAUUGUAAGUAUCAUGCUUCUAUUGUAAGUAUCAUGCUUCUAUUGUAAGUAUCAUGCUUCUAUUGUAAGUAUCACGCUUCUAUUGUAAGUAUCACGCUUCUAUUGUAAGUAUCAUGCUUCUAUUGUAAGUAUCAUGUUUCUAUUGUAAGUAUCAUACUUCUAUUGUAAGUAUCAUGCUUCUAUUGUAAGUAUCAUGCUUCUAUUGUAAGUAUCAUGCUUCUAUUGUAAGUAUCACGCUUCUAUUGUAAGUAUCACGCUUCUAUUGUAAGUAUCAUGCUUCAAUUGUAAGUAUCAUGCUUCUAUUGUAAGUAUCAUGCUUCUAUUGUAAGUAUCACGCUUCUAUUGUAAGUAUCAUGCUUCUAUUGUAAGUAUCAUGCUUCAAUUGUAAGUAUCACGCUUCAAUUGUAAGUAUCAUGCUUCUAUUGUAAGUAUCAUGCUUCUAUUGUAAGUAUCAUGCUUCUAUUGUAAGUAUCAUGCUUCUAUUGUAAGAAUCAUGCUUUAUUGCAAGUAUCAUGCUUCUAUUGUAAGUAUCAUACUUCUAUUGUAAGUAUCAUGCUUCUAUUGUAAGUAUCAUGCUUCUAUUGUAAGUAUCAUGCUUCUAUUGUAAGAAUCAUGCUUUAUUGUAAGUACAAAUAGGUACAGGUAGGUAUGAUGUUUCAGCUUUCUUAUCAUUAAUGACUAAUGACUAAUGGUGUCGAUGUUUAUUUGUGGAAGGCUUGAUCAUAAACGCCCCUCAGUCUCAAACAGCAAAUGAUGACGUUACAAUUUUGAGAGUGUUUCCCUCAAGUGUGACGAUGUCAAGUGACCACCCCUAAAGGUUUGAGAUGACAUGGUUGGCUCACUUUCAGAGCUGCAAGGUCCAUUUCUAGUGUUGCUAUUUUUUUUUUGUUGGCCUUGGAGUUGUUGCAGUUGUGGAGGAAUGCGACAACUUGCUAUUGUCGUUGAUGCUAUUUUUUGUCAUCGUUGAUGUUAUUUGAUGUUAUCGUUGAUGUUAUUUGAUGUUAUCGUUGAUGUUAUUUGAUGUUAUAAAUGAUGUCAUUUGACGUUAUUAUCGUUGAUGUCAUUUUAUGUUAUCGUUGAUGUCAUUUUAUGUCAUCGUUUUUGUCAUUUUAUGUUAUCGUUGAUUUCAUUUGACGUUAUCGUUGAUGUCAUUUUAUGUUAUCGUAGAUGUCAUUUUAUGUUAUCGUAGAUGUCAUUUUAUGUUAUCGUAGAUGUCAUUUUAUGUUAUCGUUGAUGUCAUUUUAUGUUAUCGUUGAUGUCAUUUGACGUUAUCGUUGAUGUUAUUUGACGUUAUCGUUAAUGUCAUUUGACGUUAUCGUUGAUGUCAUUUUAUGUCAUCGUUGAUGUCAUUUUAUGUUAUCGUAGAUGUCAUUUUAUGUUAUCGUUGAUGUCAUUUUAUGUUAUCGUUGAUGUCAUUUGACGUUAUCGUCGAUGUUAUUUGACUUUAUUGUUGAUGUCAGUUGAUUUUAUCGUUGGUGUUAUUUGACGUUAUCGUUGAUGACAUUUCAUGUUAUCGUUGAUGUCAUUCGAUGCUAUUGUUGAUGACAUUUGAUGUUAUCGUUGACCUCAUUUUGAUGUUAUCUCUGAUAUCAUUUGAUGUUAUCGUUGAUGUCAUUGUUCCAAUGACUUUACAUGCUAACCGUUGCUUUCGUUUUUCCCUUUGUUUUGUAUCCUCCAGUUAUUCUUUGUAAAGGUGUUGGUUGUUAAAGGUGGGGCUGUUAUUGUUCUUAUAUUUUUAUGUUUUGGAGCUUGACCAGGGGGUAGAGAAUGAACAGUUUGGCAACAACGUGACAUCCUCUGUUCUCAAAAUCAGACGACGUAAACCUCCCUCUCCCCCCCCCCACACUGGGCCCAUCCAAACCCCAUUGCGUGAAGCUUGCUGGCACGACAACCCUCUGACAGCACCAUUCUAUCUUUUAAUGGUUUCAUAACUCUGGUGUAUUCACUGAUUUGUCGACACCAGUUCGACUAAGUUAAAUUUCUUUUAAUCUGACUAAACACCUCCUUCACAGUUGUAUCGGUGAGGAGAGGAGGCCGAUGUAGACACGACCGACCCCCCCCCCCCCCACACACACAUUUUUUAAGAAUAUAAAAUUUCACGUGACAUUGACAAAUGAAAAACUUUUCUUUCAAAAACGAGCAAUGCAAAGAAUGACAACUGGGGUUUUAAUUACGAGUGUUGAUUUUAAUCUAGUUAUCUCCACCUGUUGGGCAGACCAGCCGACUUACACUAACCCAGCGUUCACAAGUUGCUCUCCUCCCCCCCUCCCCCCUUAGCCUUAUAGUAUCUGUCUAGUCCCCCUUUUCUAUCUGGGUUCAACCUCUGGGAGCCGCAGACGGCGGCUAACGCCAAGGGCUCCUUUUGCUUCUCUCACACACCUUAUCACCGGGAAUUAAGUUGUAUCCAUCUUUUCCUGUAGUUUUAGACUCGGAAAUUUUUUUAAAAAACGUAUUUUUUUCUGUAUAAAUGAGUGCUUACUUCGGUGAUAAAAGUAUUACCAUAGUACUCAACGCAAUUUGUUAUUAGUGUUUGUCGUUUAAUGGUGGAAAUCUAUUAAUUUAACACUCGGGCAAAUACUCUGGCCAAUCUCAUUAAGAUAUGAAUAAACAUCCGGGUAUUCCAUGUGGCCAAUCUCUCAACAGCUGUUCGGUACGUCUACGUUACUGUGAACCGGCGUAGUGAGUCUUAACCUAGACCAGUGGUCGGCAAAUCGCGGCUCGCGAGCCACAAGCGGCUCUUUAGCGACCUGAGUGCGGCUCGGCCACAAAACGGUUUUUGAUAUUCCGAAAAAACAUGGUUCUUGACUGGCUCUUGAAAAAAGAAAUUUAGCUCUUAGAAAUUUUUUAAUGGUCCUGCUGUUGAUUUUUUGUGUGGCUCUUUUGACUAAUGAGUUGGCCGACCUCUGACCUAGACGAGAACGUGUUGACAACUUUAUUUUCCGAAAGAUUUUACCAGAACAUUUGUUACAGGUAUUGAUGUGCGGAAAUGCAUUCAUUGAAAGUGUUUAACGAAAACGUUGUCUAAAAAUAGUAACAUUACUAAAUGCGCUGUGACGGCUUCCGGUCUUAGAAAUGAUAAAACCUAAUUUUAAAAAUGGCGCAUUCAUCGGAUAUUAAACAUGAAAGCUUCACAAUUUUAUGCUGUUGGCCUUUUUUUUUUUUUUUUUAAUACGAAGAUCAGCGAUGAAUUUUGAAGAGAAAAAAUAUCCAAGAAAAAUUCCAACUUCUGGCAAAAAAAAUGGCGAUCACAUCUAUUUCGCAAAAACACCUUCUGAGAUGAUUGUCUACCCUAUUUUCCAUUUAAUGCAUAUUGGCUGUGUUGCUUAGGGUUGAAAUGGGUAAAAAGACUUUGACUUGGUUUGCUUGUAAUUAGUUUUUGUAGUGUUGCGUUUGUUUUAAAUGUGGUAAAUUAUAUUUAUUUAUUUAUUUUUUUUUUUUUUACUUUUGUACCGCGCUUCGAGCGUUUGGGGAUCAAGCGUGUUUUUGAAAUAAACUUUAUUAUUAUUAUUAGUAUAUGUUUUUCACUAGUUUCUAUUUCUUGUUGUAUUUUCAUUCGUCCUCUCUGCCGAAGAAGGCUCUUGGCCGAAACGAUCUUUAUUUGUCCUAUCUUUCGAUUCAAGCUUCCACACAACCUUGUUCUACUAUGUCCUUUACAUAGCGUGAACGCAGUCCUUUAUUUAUUAUCGUAUAAACUUAGACGACAGACUAUUUCACCGAAGUAACAAGUCUCCCAUUUCUUCGAAUCUUUUUUUUUUCCCAUUACGUUAGGUCUACAACUGAUACUUGUAGUGACGUCACUUGGUUUGUAUGUUAGAGACCUUACCUGUUAUGAGUUUCAUGUGUGCCUUCUGCGGUGAUAUUUAAUCAUCCUUUAUGCAAGGUCAAUGUCAUCUGGUGAAGACCUGUUCAAUAAAAAAGAAAUAAAAAAAGGUUAUCAAUUUUCCCCAUGACUUUCUGUGCAGAAUUUUUAGUAGAAUCAUCACUUUCAAGGUUGUAUGUUUAGUUUCAGAAUCCCUACCAUCCCUACCAGCCCUACCAACACAAGAGGUACCAGGCGAACUACUUGAGCGCCCCGAUCUCCAACUACCAGCAAGGCUAUGCGGUUCAAUCGCGUGGCAACAAUUACCAGAAAGGUUACGAUGGGGACGACUACCAGCAGAAUUACCAGGGCAGCAACGCUUACCAGCCAAAUCACCACGGCGACAACUAUCAGCAAAACUACCCGGGCAAGAACUACCAACAGGGCUACCCAAACAGCAACUACCAGCUACACAAAGGCGACAGCUAUCAGUCAAAUUAUCCCAAUAACAACUACCAGGCCAACUACCCAACCGACAACUACCAGGCCAACUACCCAACCUACAACUACCAGGCCAACUACCCAAAAUACCCAACCGACAACUACCAGCCAAAUUACCCAAACACCAACAGAUACCUUGCUGGGAAAUACCAAGGAGACCAAGAAGACACCUACCCUAACUAGGAUGUUCAACAAAAAGAUGGCUACAAG